AUGAGACGAGGAAAUUCAGGUAACGACCGUGAACUUGGGAUUCUACGAGGAGCUCACUCGGAUACCAACUCCGACAACGAAAGCAUCGCCAGCGACCGGACCGCCUUCAGUGGUCCCUUGGGUGGUCGGCCUAAACGCGCAUCCAAGAAAAACGCAAGAUUUGCUGCGGAUCUUCCUAGGAGAAGCAAUAGUGUCAGCGGCGACGGCGGUGGACGUGGCGGUGAAGACGAUGAGUACGUGGAGAUUACGCUAGACAUCAGGGAUGACUCGGUGGCCGUCCACAGUGUCCAGCAAGCUAGUGCCGGAGGAGGAGCUCAGCAUUUGGAGGAUCCAGAGCUGACACUUCUCACCAAGAAGACGCUUGAAAGCAGCCUCAACAACUCCGCCUCCCUUAACUUCUUCCGUAGCACCUCCUCACGUAUCAAGAACGCAUCACGCGAGCUCCGGCGCGUGUUCUCUAGACGCCCUUCUCCCGCCGUGCGACGGUUUGACCGAACGAGCUCCGCUGCCAUCCAUGCUCUUAAAGGUCUCAAGUUCAUAGCCACCAAGACCGCCGCGUGGCCCGCCGUAGACCAACGUUUCGAUAAACUCUCCGCUGACUCCAACGGCCUCUUACUCUCUUCCAAGUUUUGGGAAUGCUUAGGAAUGAACAAGGAGUCAAAAGACUUUGCGGACCAGCUCUUUAGAGCACUGGCUCGCCGGAAUAACAUCUCCGGCGAUGCAAUCACCAAAGAACAGCUCAGAAUCUUCUGGGAACAAAUUUCUGAUGAAAGCUUCGAUGCCAAACUACAAGUCUUCUUUGACAUGGUGGACAAAGAUGAGGAUGGAAGGGUAACAGAAGAAGAGGUGGCUGAGAUUAUUAGUCUUAGUGCUUCAGCGAACAAGCUUUCAAAUAUUCAAAAGCAAGCCAAAGAAUAUGCAGCGUUGAUAAUGGAAGAGUUGGACCCAGACAAUGCUGGUUACAUCAUGAUCGAAAACCUGGAGAUGCUUUUACUACAAGCCCCGAACCAGUCAGUGCGGAUGGGAGACAGUCGGAUACUAAGCCAAAUGCUAAGCCAGAAGCUGAAACCGGCGAAAGAAAGCAACCCUCUGGUGAGAUGGUCGGAGAAAAUCAAAUAUUUCGUACUUGACAACUGGCAGAGACUAUGGAUCAUGCUGCUAUGGCUUGGCAUCUGCGGCGGCCUAUUCACCUACAAAUUCAUUCAGUACCGAAACAAAGCGGCUUAUGGCGUGAUGGGUUAUUGCGUUUGUGUCGCCAAAGGAGGCGCAGAGACUCUCAAAUUCAACAUGGCUCUCAUUUUGCUGCCUGUUUGUCGCAACACUAUCACUUGGCUCAGGAACAAGACCAAGCUAGGUGUUGUUGUUCCGUUCGACGACAAUCUCAACUUCCACAAGGUUAUUGCAAGUGGGAUUGUGGUCGGUGUUUUGCUCCAUGCGGUUGCGCAUUUAACGUGUGAUUUCCCGCGUUUACUUGCCGCGGAUGAGGAUACCUAUGAGCCGAUGAUACCGUACUUUGGAGAGCAACCGGAGAGCUACUGGUGGUUUGUGAAGGGAGUAGAAGGAUGGACCGGUAUUGUGAUGGUUGUGCUAAUGGCUAUAGCGUUUACACUCGCAACGCCUUGGUUCCGACGUAACAAGCUUAACUUACCUACAUUCCUCAAGAAGCUUACCGGUUUCAAUGCCUUUUGGUACUCCCACCAUUUGUUCAUCAUUGUUUAUGCUCUUCUCAUUGUCCAUGGUAUCAAGCUCUACCUCACCAAGAUUUGGUAUCAGAAAACGACAUGGAUGUAUCUCGCUGUACCAAUCCUUCUGUAUGCUUCUGAGAGGCUGCUCCGUGCUUUCAGAUCAAGCAUCAAACCGGUUAAGAUGCUCAAGGUGGCUGUUUAUCCGGGGAACGUUUUGUCACUACACAUGACGAAGCCGCAAGGAUUCAAAUACAAAAGUGGACAGUACAUGUUCGUAAACUGUAGAGCUGUCUCACCCUUCGAAUGGCAUCCUUUUUCCAUCACAUCUGCUCCCGGAGACGAUUAUCUGAGCGUACACAUCCGCACGCUUGGUGACUGGACACGUAAGCUCAGGACCGUCUUCUCCGAGGUUUGUAAACCUCCAACCGCUGGUAAAAGCGGUCUGCUUCGAGCGGAUGGAGGAGACUCUGGCAACAUUGCGUUUCCAAAGGUCCUUAUCGACGGUCCUUAUGGUGCUCCCGCACAAGACUACAAGAAAUACGACGUGGUGCUUCUUGUAGGUCUCGGUAUUGGAGCCACGCCUAUGAUCAGUAUCCUCAAGGACAUCAUUAACAACAUGAAGGUUCAUGACCGCGACAGCGAUAUUGAGAACAACAACAAUAAUGGGACCAGUAAAGGGUUUAGGACGAGGAAAGCUUAUUUCUACUGGGUGACUCGGGAACAAGGAUCGUUCGAGUGGUUCAAAGGGAUAAUGGACGAGGUUUCUGAGCUGGACGAGGAAGGAAUAAUCGAGCUCCAUAACUAUUGCACGAGCGUGUACGAGGAAGGUGAUGCUAGGGUGGCUCUUAUUGCCAUGCUUCAAUCGUUGCAGCACGCUAAGAAUGGUGUUGAUGUUGUCUCGGGGACACGUGUUAAGUCACACUUCGCUAAACCUAACUGGAGACAAGUAUACAAGAAGAUAGCUGUUCAGCAUCCAGGCAAACGAAUCGGAGUCUUCUAUUGUGGGGCACCAGGACUAACGAAGGAACUAAAAAAUCUGGCGUUGGAUUUCUCUCGUAAGACAACCACCAAGUUUGACUUCCACAAAGAGAACUUCUAA